AUGUACGCAACACAAGAUCAAAGUCAGUUACCAGAUGUCCCAGAUUUCAUCAAAAAUGAAGUUAAAAAGAAAGCAUUUAAAACUAAGGCGGGAGAUUCAUUAGGUGGUCAUUCAUUUACGAGAGCAGCUUCAGGCCUGAAUCACUAUUUUGUAGUAGCAAAGUACAAGAAUAAAGGCCAGCUCUAUUCUUGGGGUAUAAAUACAAAUAAUGUUUUAGGGCAGGGUAUAGAAAAUGGAGAAUUUGAAUUCCCCAUGAGAGUAAACUUUUUCUCUGCAUUGGAAGUAUUCCAAGUCAGCUGUGGUUAUUCUCAUUCUGCUGUACUGGUAAAAGGAAUAGCUGAAGCAUCUGGAAGAGUAUAUACAAUGGGACUUGGAGAUAGAGGAAGAUUAGGAUACACUAGAGGCCAUACGGAAUUUGGAAAUGAGGAUAAUAAGAAUGAUUUGAAUGAGUCUUGGUAUACUCCUGUUCCUUGCAUUGUUAACUUUCCAUUUAAUGCAAAGAUAAGUAGAAUUUCUUGUGGAGCAAACCACAGUUUGGCUUUGUCAGAAACAGGACUAGUAUUUGCAUGGGGAAUAGGCCAAUAUGGAUGCUUAGGGACUGGAGAACUAAAUGAUGUGUAUUCUCCAGUCAAAAUUGAGGCUGGGCCAACAAAUAAAAAGGUAUUACAUAUAGCAGCAGGGGCUAGGCAUUCAUUGUGUUGUAAUGAAGAUGGGCAAGUUUUUGCUUGGGGAAGUAAUUCAAAUGGAAGACUUGGCACUGGAGGAUCUCAUGGAAUGAAAGCUGUUCCUACUCAAAUCAAAUCUUUGCUUCCAUAUCAUAUCACACUUGUGGCUGCUGGAGAAUCACAUAGUGGAUGUAUUGAUAGUUUUGGGUACAUUUACACUUGGGGAAAUGGCGGAAGUGGUAAACUUGGACAUGGUACUCAGUCAGAUUGCAAUAUUCCAAGAAGAAUCGAGGGAAUUAGCUCCGUUCCUUUUGUACAACUAACAUUCGGAGCAUUUAAUUCAAUGGCAUUGUCUCAGUCCGGAGAAGUUUAUAUUUGGGGGGCAAAACAACAUGAAAUCAUUUUACUUCCUACGAAAAUAGAUGCUUUCGAUUCAUCUAUUUGCCACAUUAAUUCGGGUCCUUAUAUAUCUUUUGCUAUGGAUGUUAGGUAUAAUAUUUAUAUGUGGAAUAACAGAUUACUAGUCAAUGCAAAAAGAUCACAAGCAUUGAAUGUAAGUGAGGAACAAUUAUAUAAAAGGAUGAAUAGUAAGGAUCCAGUAAUACUUCCAUUCUUUCAAAGUAAAGCUUUUGUUGAUGACUCUAUCUUCUAUAUGGGAUUCAAUCUUGUUGAUUACAAAGGAGAUAAACUAUCUUACGAAUCUAAAUCUGAAGGGGGUUUGUUUUCGGUAAAUAGGAUGUAUAAAUCAAAAGGGAGUUCAGGACUUGGAUCUUUAGUAAGCUCUCAAGUACCUCCUUGGUCUGUUAGACAAAUUGCUUGCGGGGCUUCACAUACUCUGCUCUUGGUUUAUGGUGGAACCAUAUUUGCAUGGGGGGACAAUAAGUAUGGACAACUUGGAGUAGAAACAAGAAGGAGGAAAUCUGAAAGUGGUGAUAAAAAUGAGUCUUUCCUAAAUGAACCUACAGAAAUUAAGUUUUCUGAGCCUAUUAGAAGAAUUGCAUGUGGGUCAUGGCAUAGUCUUUGUUGUGAUAUUAAAGGUAAUUGCUUUUCAUGGGGAAGAGGCGACAGAGGACAGUUAGGAACUGGAGUUAUACGUAAUUUAUAUGAACCAACUGGAAUUGUUACUUUAAAAAAUGUAAUAGAUGUGGCCGGUGGAGAGCUUUACAGUGCAUGCAUUGCUGCAUGCAUUACCACUAAAAGUAAAGAUUUUGAUACAAUUGGCUCAGGGGACCUCUGGAUCUGGGGUGAUGGAGAUCUUGGAAAGUUGGGACUGGGAGAUCAUGUAUUGAAGUCCUGUAUUGCAGCCCCCAGGCAUUUGAAUCUGGGGACCCCAAUCAUUAAAGUAGCUUUGGGAACUUCACACACUUUGGUAUUGACAGCAUCAGGAGAGCUUAUAACUUGGGGAGCUGGAUACUAUGGCCGUCUUGGAACUAGCAACACAAAAAGCCAUUCAAAUCCUAUUAAAAUAAGGUUCCCAAUUAAAGGAGUUCAAAUUAUCGACAUUGCUGUUGGUUCUUAUCACUCUAUGGCUGUUUCAUCAGUUGGAGACUUAUGGGUUUGGGGUAAAGGAGAAAGCGUUCUAUCUGAAAAUGACGUCCUUUUACCAUACAUUUUUGCUAAAUUAGAAUCUCCAUCAGGCGUUCCAAAAAUAUACUCAAUCCAUGCUUUUGGAGAUGUUUCCUAUGCAAUCACUCAGUCAGGGGUUCUAUGGGUUUGGGGACCUGAAAAUUCGGAUAGUCAAAACAAUUCAGACUUAGGAUACAAUGAUAAAUCUCAUACUGGAAGACCCGAAAUGAUAUUAUUGCCAGGAAAUGCUAUAGGAAUUUCUGGAAGUACAACACACCAUGUUUGUCUAUUGGCUUCAGGGGAGGUUGUAUCUUGGGGAGAAACUUCCGGAGGAAAACUGGGACAACAAAACAUUGGAAAUAAAAAGUACAUUCAAGAUCCUACCUUAGUUAUACAAAAGUGGAACGAUGCAAAAAAUUUAUUAGAUUCAAUAGGUAAAGGCGAACCAACUCUUGGGUUAGUAACUGAAAAGAAUAAAAAUUAUACAAAGGAUGAAGGGGUUACUACAAUUGAAGAACUUGAAGAAUUCAUGGGAGAAUUAACAAGUAAUUCGGUACAUUUCUCAAAGCAAGCAAAGUCAUUUGAAUAUGUUCAGAGUUUACUGUAUAAGGAAGAUCCUCGUGCUAGAAAAGAUUCAAUUUCCUUGUUGGAAGAGGAUUUAGUUGUACUAUUUUCCUCUCAUAUUGAUUACUUCAAAAAAAUGAAGGAAGAGGAAGAAAGACUUAGAUACUUAAUUUUUCUAGCUGAAGUACAAAUGAGGAGACUUGUUAAUAUGAUUCAGUCAGCUAAUUCAAACAGCUUUAUAUUCAUUGAGGAUAACUAUUUUAAGAAUAUUUGUGGCGAUUACUUCAACAGCUUUAUACUUAAAUAUAUGUCUAUGAUAGAAUACAUAUUUACAAUCCUCAGAACUCAACCCUUGUAUAUCAUCAACUUAAUGUUGGAAUGCACCUUUGGAGAGGAGUUCAUUUCUAUUCUGAAUUGUGUACAUGGAUUAUUUCCUCCUCAAAUAGAAUAUGUCGAAGUUUUUGAAACAAAGAAUUUUCAUGGAUUAAAUGAUUCUUUGAUCAUGUUAGAGAUUAUUGGCGAGAUAUUAUGUAAAAGGGAGUUACAAGCAGCUUUUAGUACUAAUGAUGUUUUUUGGCCUGGAAAAUCCAAAUUUCUCUAUUAUUUGAGUGUAGUAGUAUUAAGAGGUUCAGAUCUAAGAAGUUUAGUUCAAAACUUAUUGGAUAUAUAUACCCCUACUUCUUUGGUAUCAGUAAUUGCAAAAUUCCCAAAGGAAAUUCUUUUGGUUUUAGAUUCAUCUUGCCUAGCUAAUUACUUACAAAUUGACCCAAAUGACGAUUCUCUGCCAAAACAUUAUUUAAACAUGAUCAAAUUUGCUGAAGUUGCUUUAAUGGCUGGAAUAGCUGAAAAUAUUAAUAACAAUAUAAAAUUCCCAAAAAUAUUGGAAAGACUAAUAUACAAGGCAUGCAAAUUAGUAAACCUAAUGGAAAUUCCGUCAUUCAAUCCUCUAUUAGAUUAUAAACAGCAAAAAGACCAAUCAAUACAACAACCACUCAUUAGACUACUUCUUUAUGGAAUAAUACUUCCAGUAUUGGAACAAUUUAAUGCUUACUGUACAUAUUUCUAUUUUCCUUUAAUUACAGAUAUGAGAAUAAUGUCUUCAAUCCAGCUUUUAGCUCAUUCUAUUAAAAUAUACCUAGCAGGGUAUUUGCAUCAAACUUCUAGUUCUCAAGGAUUUUUGUGGAUUAAUCCAUUAACAAACUUUACCAAUUCAAUUACCAUAAAAUUAUCAGAAAUGGCUAAUGAACAAAAAGAUGUUACAGAUCUUUCUUUGACUUAUCUUUCAUACAAUUCUCAGUACUCUUUGCAUUCAGAUAAUUAUCUUGUAGUUUUAAAUUUGGUUGAUAUAAUGGUCUUGAUUAAUUGCAUACAAAAGUACAAGAAUUUUCUGAGAUUAAAUUUAAUGGAUCCAGUAAUUAAUUCUGUUGAAUUCUUUUCAAGGAGAGACAAAUUAUCUAUACCUUUUUUUCCUUUAGAGUUUAUUGAUAUGGUAAAAAGAGUUAAUUUAAUUCCAAAUUCAGAUGGAGGAGGAGUAUUUGUUUCAAUUCGAAUAAGCCCAAGAUGGAUAAUUAAUAAUGAUGUUCGUCAAAGCAAAAUAUCUAACUACUUUAGAGUAAGUAAUAUUACUAGCAAUAUAGAAAGAGAAAAUUCCAAUAAUCCAUUAAACAGCAAAUUUUACGAUUUAGAUGAACAAAAUUAUGAUGAAAUGAGAGAUGAAGAAAAUACAUGUUUACCUCCAUUGGAUACUUCCAUGAUGUUUUGUCCACUUACUAAAAUUGGAAUGUCGCAAUCUUUAUUACCUAGAUUCGAAGCAAAUAUUAGAAAAUCUAAUGGAUUGUCCGAAUUUGGACUUUUUAUUAGGUAUUUUGAAAUACCUGAUAAAAGAAGAGUUAUUGAGAAAGGUUUGUUAACAACUCCUGUAAUUACAGCUAGAACUUUUUUUGAAUUACUUGAGACUGUUGAUGAGUAUAUAGAACAGUUUAAACGAAAAGAGAAUGAUAAAAAACAAUAUGAACAGUUAUCAUUUAUGUUGGAAUUUAAAAAAGUUGUUGAGGAAUCAAUGAUUAAUUACCAAGAUUCUAUUGUUCCAUUGUUAAUAUGGAUCACAAAUGAUAUGAUGGAAAGACUUAAGCACAGAGCUUAUUUAGAGCAUUUACUUGAAAUUGAAGAAAAACUUAGAGAAAAGAGGAAAUGGUACAAGGACCAAUUAAGUGAGUGGGAAGAUGUUAUAGAAAAGUCUGUUAUAAACAUGACACUUUGGGGAUAUAAAGAUAAAACUCUGAUUGACUUGCUAAUUAAAUAUUUUAGAAACAAUAUAGAUACUACAAUGAGGCAAAUGGAAAAUAUCUUAUAUAACACAAUGAUAAGUGGUUAUUAUACAGGAGAAGAUGACUUGACAAUGAUUAAAAACGGAAAUUACAUUACAACAGAUAUCAUCAAAAAAAGUAUUACCUUACCACUUCUAUGCUUCCCUUUAAAUAUAUUUAUUAUGAAUAAUAUAAUAAAAAUCAGAAGUGAUGAAAAAAUCUUCAAUUUGUUUGAGUCACAAAGAAAAACUAUGAUGAACUUCUUUAGAAGAACUGCUCAAAUGAACAACUGGACAAUUUUUAUUACUUUAACUCCAACUUUGGGUAUUGAUUGUACAAUCACAACCAGUAGAUCAGGUUAUAGGAUUCAGAAUUCUUUUGAGCAAAGAAUCAUUUGUAAAUUCUAUAUUACUCCAGACCAAGUAAAGAAAGCCAAGUUCUCUAAUUUUCUAUAUACAAGGCUUUAUUCUAAUGGAUUGGUUGAAGUAAAUCUACCAAGCUUUGUUUCAUAUGUAUAUUCUCAAAUAUAA